GGGAAGCAUCGGCUUAAAGAGACGGACGAGAUAACGAACCACCCAUUGGCAUUGGCAAGAACCCAAGUGCACUUCUCUUGCAGGCCAAAUUCCCAGACUCUCCAGCUACUUCAUCCAUCCUGCGCAGCAUGUCAAGCUCGACAAUAACACGAGCGCUUGCGCGCGCGACGAGGCCAAACAGAGCAAGCCUGGCCCGCUGCGGGCAUCUCGGCAUUGGCAGCGGGGCAACCCCAUCCCGAGCAUCAGCACUCCCAAUCCCCUUCCAACAGCAAAAACGCAAUGCCUCGUCCAAGCACCCGAAAGGUUUCGAGCCGCCCACGCCGGCCGACCUCGCCGAGCUGCGCGAGCGCGUGCAGGAGUUCACCCGGCGCGAGCUGACCGAGGAGGUGGCCGCGGCGACCGACAAGAGCAACAGCUUCCCGCCCGGCAUGUGGGCCAAGCUCGGCGAGGCCGGCCUGCUCGGCAUCACGGCCGACGAGGACGUGGGCGGGCUCGCCAUGGGCUACCAGGCGCACUGCGUGGUGAUGGAGGAGCUGUCGCGCGCGAGCGGGUCCGUCGCCCUCAGCUACGCCGCCCACUCGCAGCUGUGCGUCAACCAGCUGCAGCUGAACGGGACGGCCGCCCAGAAGCAGAAGUACCUGCCCGACCUCAUCGCCGGCCGCAAGGUCGGCGCCCUGGCCAUGUCCGAGUCCGGUUCCGGCAGCGACGUGGUCAGCAUGCGCACGCGCGCCACCGCCGUCGACGGCGGCUACCUGCUGAACGGGUCCAAGAUGUGGAUCACCAACGGGCCCGACGCCGACGUGAUCGUGGUCUACGCCAAGACGAUACCCGACGGCGGGUCCAAGGGCAUCACGGCCUUCAUCGUGGACACGUCCGCGCCGGGCUUCACCUGCCUGCGCAAGCUCGACAAGAUGGGCAUGCGCGGCAGCAACACGGGCGAGCUCGUCUUCGAGGACGUGUUCGUGCCGCGCGAGAACGUGCUGGGCCCCGUCAACGGCGGCGUGCGCGUGCUGAUGGAGGGGCUCGACCUGGAGCGCCUGGUGCUCAGCGCGGGCCCGCUCGGCCUGAUGCAGGCCGCGCUCGACGUGGCGCUGCCGUACGCGCACGCCCGCCGCCAGUUCGGCACCCCGAUCGCCCAGUUCCAGUUCGUCCAGGGCCGCCUGGCCGACAUGUACACCAAGCUGCAGGCGUCGCGCGCCUACACCUACGCGACCGCCCGCGCGGUCGACGAGCAGGGCCUGAUCCGCACGCAGGACUGCGCCGGCGCCAUCCUCUACGCCGCCGAGCGCGCCACCGAGUGCGCGCUGGACUGCAUCCAGGUGCUGGGCGGGAUGGGCUACACGGAGGAGAUGCCGGCGUCGAGGAUCCUGCGGGACGCGAAGCUGUACGAGAUCGGCGCGGGCACGUCCGAGGUCCGCCGCAUGGUCAUUGGUCGCGCGUUUAACAAGGAGUAUGCCCAUCUGUCGAGCUAGCUAGAGACGCAAACUUAAUGAUACGCACGGUCUGCCCAUAUGGUCCUUUUCUUUCCUUUCCUUCCAACCGGAGCCCGGGCGCGUUUGUGUCAUGCCGAGAGUCCACGGGAACGCCGGCGGCCCGGG